AUGUCGGGCCUCUUUGGAAACGUCGGCACGACUGCCGCCACAACAGCCGCAACCAACACAACUGGCGACAUUUCAAAAGAUGUCGCUUUGAAUUCGCCGCCUGAAGACAGCAUCUCAGAUCUUGCAUUUUCGCCUGUUAGUAACCAUCUCGCCGUCGCGUCAUGGGAUAAGAAAGUCCGCAUCUACGAAAUCAACGAGCAAGGGCAGAGCGAAGGAAAAGCCUUGUUUGAACAUGAAGCUCCUGUCUUGAACUGUUGCUGGUCUCCGGAUGGAACAAAAGUCGUUGGAGUCGGAGCAGAUAAAGCUGCCCGUUUACUGGACCUAGGCGCCAAUGCAACCACCCCCGUCCAAGUCGCGGCCCAUGACGCACCUAUUCGAUGCUGCGAAAUGAUACCCAACCCUACAAACUCAUCACAACCACUCCUGAUAACGGGCUCAUGGGACAAGAAAGUGAAAUACUGGGACUUGCGACAACAGACCCCUAUCGCACAGGUGGAGUGUCAAGAGCGUGUUUACACCAUGGAUGUCAAGAACAAACUCCUCGUCAUCGGCACCGCAGACCGUUACAUCAACAUCAUCAACCUGGACAACCCCACAUCCUUCUACAAAACCAUGCAGUCUCCUCUGAAGUGGCAGACGCGGGUUGUUAGCUGUUUCGCAGACGCCACCGGUUUCGCAGUCGGCAGUAUCGAAGGCCGCUGCGCCAUCCAGUACGUGGAAGAGAAGGACUCCAGCUCAAACUUUAGCUUCAAGUGCCACCGUGAGACACCCCCCGGCAGUCGCGACGUCAGCAACAUCUACUCCGUCAACGCGAUAUCAUUCCACCCAGUUCACGGUACUUUCAGCACUGCUGGUAGCGACGGCACAUUCCAUUUCUGGGAUAAGGACGCAAAGCACCGAUUGAAAGGGUAUCCAAAUGUUGGUGGAACUAUCCCCUGCACGACGUUCAACCGGGAUGGUAGUAUCUUUGCAUAUGCUGUUAGUUACGAUUGGAGCAAGGGAUAUACGGGCAAUACGCCGCAGACCGUUAACAAGGUCAUGUUGCAUCCGGUUACUCAAGAAGAGGUCAAGCCUCGACCUAAUGCGCGCAAGCCUAGGUAA